GCCCCGGCCGCCGCCGAUCCGAUGCGAUCUCCGCGAGCUUCGAGACCGCAUUGCCUCCGCGAAGAACACCGGGAAGAUCACCGAGGCGAUGAAGCUCGUGGCCGCCGCUAAGGUCAGGAGAGCUCAGGAAGCCGUGGUCAACGGCCGCCCUUUCUCCGACGCCCUCGUCGAGGUUCUCUAUAACAUCAACGAGAAACUCCAGCAGUCCGACGUCGCCGACGACAUCCCUCUCACCCGGGUCAGGCCGGUGAAGAAGGUUGCUCUGGUGGUCGUCACCGGCGACCGUGGCCUCUGCGGCGCAUUCAACAAUAACCUAAUUAAGAAAGCGGUGGCCCGGAUUGCAGAUCUGAAGGAUCUAGGGAUCGAUUACACCGUGGUUAGCGUGGGGAAGAAGGGGAAUUCCUAUUUCUCCCGGAGGCCACACAUCCCGGUGGACAGAUUCCUGGACGGAUCGGCACUCCCGAGUGCCAAAGACGCUCAGGCGGUUGCCGACGACGUCUGCUCGCUGUUCGUGAGCGAGAAGGUGGACAAGGUGGAGCUGCUGUACACGAAAUUCGUGUCCCUGGUGAAAUCCGAGCCGGUAAUUCACACGUUGCUCCCCCUGUCGCCGAUGGGGGAGGUGUGCGACAUAAACGGCAAGUGCGUGGACGCGGCGGAGGACGAGUUUUUCAGGCUGACGACCAGGGAAGGGAAACUGACGGUGGAGAGAGAGGUGAGGAGGAGGGAGACGGCGGAUCUGUCGCCGAUGAUGGUGUUCGAGCAGGACCCGAUAGAGAUACUGGAUGCUUUGCUGCCGCUGUAUUUGAACAGCCAGAUUCUGCGAGCUCUGCAGGAAUCGGUGGCCAGCGAGUUGGCGGCCAGGAUGGCGGCGAUGGGCAAUGCCACAGACAAUGCGAAUGAGUUGAAGAAGACGCUCAGUAACUCUUACAACAGAGAGCGUCAGGCGAAGAUCACCGGAGAAAUUCUGGAGAUUCUUGCCGGUUCCAAUUUCUAGUAGCUCCGAUGAAAUGGAGAAUUUAUUAUCAUGGGAGGUGGGAAACUGCUAAACCCCCACAGAAAAUUAUGUCCUCUCCCACAGUCUCCCGCGGAACGCAACUGCAGAUUUAUGAUGAAAUUUCAUUCUUUCUUUAGUGUUAUAAAUCUCAGAGAAAAUGUAUCUAAUAUAAUUACGGAGUAUGUUUCAAAAUGAAAUUCAGUUAUUUCUGUUUCAAAUUAAGCUUCACUCUGGUC